CCAGGCGCCCUGGGCUGGGGGGCGGGCCAGCUCUCUGGGCGCCCGCGUCCCCGCCCCCGGCCCCGGUCCCGGCCCGCCGGGCGCCCGGCCGGAUGGGCUGCACGGUGAGCUUGGUGUGUUGCGAGGCACUGGAACCCGGGCCCCCCUGCAGUCCCCAGCCCCCCGGGAGUCCCCCGGCCCCGGCGCGGGCCCAGGGCUGGGAACCCGGGGCUUCGGCCCGCGCCGAAAGCAAGCGGCUCCUGCUUCAGCCCGAGGACCUGGAGGCCCCCAAGACUCACCACUUUAAGGUGAAGACCUUCAAGAAGGUGAAGCCCUGUGGCAUCUGCCGGCAGGUCAUUACCCGGGAGGGUUGCACCUGCAAAGUCUGCAGCUUCUCCUGUCAUCGGAAAUGCCAGGCCAAGGGGCAGGAAGAUGAGCUGAGCUGCUGGGAGAAUCCUGGAGUCCUAGCCUGCCUUGCACUGACCUGGGGAAAAACGGCACUGGCCAGCUAUGCCCCCUGA